GUUGACCAUCUCUUUCAAUUUUCACUUUCUUUCAUUUUUCAAUCUGCAACUUCAACACCACACACAUCAAUACCAGCAACCAACACUCAACAGUCAACCAUAGUCUGUACAUACACACACACACAUUCUCAUCAUCGUCAAUGGCUCCCUUAACAUCGGUCCUCUCCGAACGACAGAAGGAAGAACUACAUCGAGCUUUGUUGGAUUAUCUUUCAUCAAACGGACUCCAAUCGACUUUCGAAGCACUCAAGGCAGAGCUGCCUGCCCAUCAAGACUUCCAGCCUGAUCCCAAGGCCAAAUGGACCGGCCUGUUGGAGAAAAAAUGGACGAGUGUGAUUCGGUUGCAGAAAAAAAUAAUGGAUCUGGAACGAGAGAACGGAUUGUUGAAGGAUGAGUUGGCGUCAGUGGGCUCGAUUUCGUCUACACGUAAAGGCCAACAACUAGAAGAUUGGUUACCGGGCCGAGGCGGGGGAGCGCGCCACACACUCACUGGACAUCGAUCUCCUAUCACCGCAUUGGCCUUCCAUCCUACCUUCUCCAGUCUCGCCUCGGCCAGUGAGGACUGUACAAUCAAGGUCUGGGAUUACGAAACCGGCGAAUUCGAACUCACUCUUAAAGGUCAUACUAAAGUCGUCUGUGAUGUGGAUUAUGAUAGUAAAGGAACUUUCCUCGUGUCAUGUUCAUCCGAUCUAACGAUCAAGUUAUGGGACUGUAUGAACAACUAUCGAUGCACGAAGACGCUAUAUGACCACGACCAUUCGGUCUCGAGUUCGCGCUUUCUUCCCGGAGACACCCACAUCGUCAGUGCCAGUCGUGACCAAACUAUCAAGAUUUGGGAAGUCGCUACUUCGUUUUGUGUUAAGACUUUGCGCGGGCAUACUGAAUGGGUAAGAGGCGUAUGGCCAUGGACACACGGAAAACUAUUAGUCAGUGCAUCAAAUGAUCAAACAGCAAGAAUAUGGGAUUUGACAACAGGAGAAUCGAAGAUCGAGUUUCGCGGGCACGAGCAUGUGGUCGAGAUAGCGCUCUUUUCGCCCCCAGCUUCGAAUGCGGCGAUCCGAGAAAUGGCAGGGAUUCCAUCGCCUACAAACCAGGACUCGAAGAUCAAGGAACCCGAUCCAGUCUUUGUUGCCACCGGCUCGCGCGAUAAGACGAUCCGGAUAUGGGAUUGUAAUAGUGGCCAAUGCAUCAAGACUUUAGUGGGCCAUGACAACUGGAUUCGAGCACUAGUCUUCCACCCGAACGGGCGGCACUUGUUAUCGAGUUCGGACGACAAGACGAUCCGGGCAUGGGAGCUACGGACCGGCAGAUGUGUCAAAGUCGUCGACGCCCACGAACACUUUGUCACCUCGAUGGCUUGGGGAAGAGCCUCGGCUGGCGGCGGCCCGCCGACGACUAAUCCCGACUCCAACCAGCCCCUCAAUUCGCUUUCGUCCGUCGCCGCUAGACCCGUCUCCGUUAUCGCCACUGGGAGCGUCGAUCAGUCUAUCAAGAUUUGGACCCCUUAGGCUGCUUCCUCUUUCUCUCGAAACCUUCCUCCGCCCCUCCCCCUCUUCUCCCUCGAAUCUCUACUCCUCCUUUCUUUGGAUUCCCUUCUCCUGUAGGUCUUGACCUCAUCCCUCUCUCCUCUCCCCCUUUCUUUCGAUCAUUCUUUCUUUUUUUUUUAACUAUUAUUAUGGCAUUUUGGAUUCAUCAUCAUCACACACAUUUUAUAUAUUAAUUAUUUAUUGAAAUUUAUAUCUUCUCUUCUUUUGUUUUGCAACUUCAAAAAAAAUUACAAAUCAAUCUGCUUUGCUUUACACUUACUCCAUCUUUUUUUUUUAAACUCUGUCUCUUUUUAUAUAUCUUCCCAUUUAUUUGAUUUGAUAUGAUAUGAUUUUUUUUCUUGUAUUUCUUAACUAUUUAUCAUCCUUAUCUCUUCCAUCUCUCCUUUUUUCAUUUUCAUUUUUUUACUUUCCAUCAGUUUUUUUUUUCAUUUUUAUUUUUUAUUGUUGUUGUUUUGUGUGGUCAAAGGUUCUUCAAUUCUUCUUUCCCUUCCCUUC